UUCCUCAACAAAGCCUUUGCCUUAAAUCCUCACUCUGCUCUCCUUGCCCUUCAAGUCCCCUCUUUCCCAUAUCCUCUCCAUUUUCAGGCUACAUUACCAAAGACGAGACAAAUUACUGAUAGCAUCAAAUGUAUCCCGGUUUAUGGGCUAACAAACUUAGAAUAUUGUCUCAGUUGGCACAGUUUGUCUCAUCUGUGUUAAAACGGAAGCGGCUAAAGCGAUAUUCGAUUUCUGAGACAAGUUGAAUAAUAUAUCUAUACUAAUUGUUUUUUACUUUAAUAUAGAGGACUAACGCGUAUAUAGCGCCAUUAACAAUAUUCUACUACUUUAUUGUUUAAACAAAUAGAUUCGACGUUGCUGUGCGUCUGGUUUGCAGCAGAUCAUAGAGACCGUCAAAAUGCGAUAAGAAUAUCCGUGACACACGAGGUUGUUGUCACUUUUUUCUCCCCACAUUUUGACCUCAAGUCAUACCAUGAUUUAUCAAUGAACAGACGCAUCGCAUCAUGGAAUCUAAUUUUUUUUCAAUGAAUCACUAAAUGUAGCAAUACCGUGAUUAUUUCUUCUUUCUUUUUCUCUGGGACCAGGUAUGCGGAAAACGGUGCACGUGAGCAGCGGCUGUUUUACGAAAUCUUUUUGUAUAAUAGUAUAUAAAUAAGCUAUUUUUUGCGGGGCUCUGCGAAACUAUCAGGCAAAUUUGAGCAACACAAAACAAAGGGAGAAAUUAAAAGUACAUAUCGAAAUAAGAUAUUCACAUUGACUCUUGGUUAGCCUAGUCAUGUGUUCAACAAUUCAGCCUUCGUUUAAAGGCCGGCUUAUCAUCUAAUAAAAUAUUGCUAUAUUAACUUGUCUGCAAUUAUUUGUUAAACAUAGUUUCUUCACCGCGCCGGCCACAGGUUUACGUAAAUUUCCUUUCACUUAAGGAGAAAAUUUGCAUAACGCACCAGUAGACAAUAACACUGUCGAUGUCUCCUGGCAAAAGUAACGAAAGUGUUAAUUUUGGCGAUGAAUGACCUCACCUAUUUCGAACGUUUUUAGCAAUGUUUUGAUAACAAUCAUAAGUGGAUAGCUGUGUUUUUCUUGUGUUGGUCAAAUGCGGUACUGUUUACCGCAAAACCUGCUGGAACAUGUCGACCAAUCGGGUCAAGAGGGAAGUUCCUAGAAAAGAUACCGGAAAUACAUACUUUUCUCCGAAAUAUUAAUGACCUGAAAUUUUUCUUCGACGCGGUUGCUUUUUUGUUAUCCUGUAAAACUAUGGAAGGCUUCAUGCUCUCUUAAAAAUUCCAGGCUUUCUGAGCUUGAAGAACUCAGAAGAAAAGACGUCGAUAAAAGAAACACCUUGCGCAUGCUCAGCGGCUUCUAAUGGCGAAGGGAAGGUAGAAUCGGAAAAUUCAGUUCCUACUUGAACUUCAUCCAGAAGAUGGCUGAAGGCAGACAUUUUUCUGACAUGAACGAGGAAGAAUGGGAGGAUGUGGAGGACUUUAUACCAGGUCCUUUCAUGUAUACAGUUGUUGAAGAGCUCAAGAGGCAAGGCGAUGAAAACGUUCGUGCAAAGCUAUAUGACGAAGCAUUGGUGUGUUAUACCUUAGCGUUGAACCAACAAGCUCCUCCUUUCAUGGAUAUAGCCAUCAUAUCCGAAAAGCUGUAUCGCAAACGAGCCGUGUGUUUCUUUAAAAUGGGAAAAUACGUAGAGGCCAUCCAUGACAGUGAAAGAGCUAUCGAAAUAGCCGAUGGAACCAACAAUAAAAACUUGGCAAAAUCACUUUUCAUCAAGGUGAAAGCAAUCAUGAGUCUUAAAGACUACGUUGCAGCCUUUCCAAUAGCGGUAUGGUGCAGGCAUUUACGACCCAAUUGUGAAACAACUAGAGCAGUUAUAAAUGAUCUCAAGACGAAACUUAAGGAAGAGUUUCGAAAGGAUGAUUUUUUGAUCAAGGUAGUACUCUACAAGACGCUUGAACUUGCCAACGAAAUGACUAUUAACCCAGAGACCCGUGAACUGGCUCUGGAUUGUUAUACUGAGCUUCUGCACUUGUUAGACUUCAUGAUUUUACCCGGAGUCCAAUUAAGAAAGGCUAAGUGUCUUUUACAAUUGGGACGAUGUAAAGAAGCGAAAGAUGUUUGUGCAGACGUACUUUGGCUACGACGUAAUGAUGUAGAAGCUCUAAGUCUUAUGAGCGAAAUAAAGCAGCAAAUGAGACAAACGGAAAUGAAAGAAGCAAAGGAAAAGAAGAAGCAAAACAUAGGCAAGUCAGAGCCUCUUACAGAAGAAAGAAAGCAUCCAGCAACCGAAGGUCCUCUUCUGAGCGAGAAACAGAGUGUGCAAGAGAUAAAAGACUCUUCUUUGCCUGUUUUGAAAAGUGAAGCGAAAGAAGAACUUGUAGAUCUGGAUCCCGCACAAGUAGGAGGCUUUCAAAGCAAAGAACAAGAUCAUGUUUGCCAUUCCAAAGGAAGUAAACUGAAGAAAAAGAAGCGAAAGAAGGAAAAGAAAAAGAAAAUGAAAGCGAAGAAAAAGGCCCAGAAGAAAAGCGAGAAAUCAUCAGAUCUACCACCAGUGAGCAACGAGACGAAUUCAUCUCCUGAUGAAAGCCCUGACGAUGAAGAUUCGCAAGCAACGGAUUCCGUCAUUGAAGAUCCAGAUAUAAGCUUUGGCUAUCUCCAUAUGAACAACACAGCUACCUUAACAUCUAGGCAUAAUGUAUCGGAGGUUGAUGGGCGCGAAGAGUCUGACGGUGAAGAAUUUACACUUGUACAGUAUAAUCGCCGCCAACCGCAAAUGGGAGGAAAUGAAAUUUCAUUAGACAGUCGAACGCAGUCCAAAGACAGGGUAUCCAGUCUUGACUGCAUUGUUUCAAGUGGAGAAAAUUGUCAGUCAUCCAAUCGCGUUAGUAUUCAGCCAAACGUUGAAAGGCAACGCUUACCACAAGGCGGUGCAGCAAAGAUGGCAAAAAUUCCGAUCACAGAUGCAAAAGCUAGACCGACCGAGUUAUUGUCUGAAAAAGUUAUGGCAUCACAAGAUCACAAGACAUUUGCUAUUACCUCUGAAGACAAAGUCAGCGACUUAAGCCAGACAAAGACGGAAGCCCCAAACCUUUUCAAUUCUGAAGACUUCCCAACUUUGGAAAGAGGGCCUGUCAAGGUGUCAGAGAGCUCUUAUGGUGCUCUCUGGAGAAAUUCUAGAGCACCUCACUUGCCACUUGGAGAAACAUUUCCUGAUCCAUCACCAAACAAGACUCCUGUCCAACAAGGUAGUUCCUUUGUUUUCCUUGACUCUCCUUUCACUGAACAGAAUCAAAGGAAUCCAGCACCAGCCUCAGUCGUCCAGACUUUCCAAAGCGGUAAAACUACAGUAACAACCGAUACGCUUGCGGAUAGGUUAACUGGUUUGAACAAUCUUUCACCAAUUCCAGAAAAGGUGUUUGUCGUUUGUGAUCAUUUUUUGAGAAGAUGGCCCCCUUGCAACAAUACGCAGGCCAAAACCUGUCAAAGCUGCGAAGAUCUAGGCAUGCUAAAGUACGCCGCCUGGAAUGGCAUCCACGAUCAAUGGCAAGUAAUGCGGCAAUUUCCUGCUGGUAUGAUUCCACCCACAGCUGAACUUGAUAUAUGUAGGCAUUUUGCAACUAGAAUUUCCUGUCGAAAAGAGCCAUGCACUUUUGCCCAUGGGGAACUAGAAAAGCAUAUCUGGGAAUUGCAGCGAGAAGGCAGACUUCCCACUCCUGAAGAGAGUCUUCGUAAGUUACGAUCCACAAACGCAACAGCACCCACGCUGCUCAUGACACAGGCAAAAAAUAGGAAUUCCAUUCCAGCUCAGGCUAUUAACAACAGAUCAGGAUAUCUUAUGACAGCUUCUUGCAGAGAUUCUACUGCAAAUCCAUCUUUUGGAUUCGGUACUGUCCUAUCUCAAAGCAUGAGUCCAAGUCUGCCAUUAAACACUUCCCCUGGAGUUCAGUUUGGCAUGCCUCUUAAAAGCAGCCCUCUCUCGGCCACACGUGCCAUUUUUGCAUCCCAAACGGCUACUCCACGAAGCGAUUCCUAUAGAAGUCCUAUUGAAGACAGUAUAAACACUAAAUUUCCUCUCGUUUCCUGCGCAAUGCCCUUGGCACCUGGACAGCCACAACUGCCUCUUCAACCUUUACCUGUGUCUAAUAUUAGGAUUGCACAGGCGGCCUUAACAGGAGCAGAAGCGUCAGAAGAACGUAUUGCACAAGCUGCACCCCCUGUAAAACCUACUAACAUGAUACCAAUGGUGAAACCUGAGGGAUCAGUCUUACCUUAUGACGGCCAGUCUCCAUCUUCAGAGAAAUCUGAAAGAAGUUCAACUCCAAUCCACCGUUCGGCGCAAACAUCCAUUUCUACUUUCCAGGGGAUUAAUCAAGAAGCUGUAUCUGCUCAAAGUCUCAGUGAAGGAGGCCAUGCGAAUUCUCAAUAUCCCACUUGGUCAAGCGCCCUCAAGACUCCAGGAAGACCGUCUACACCGAUUCAAAAGACGACUGCCAUCCCUUCAACCAAGUCUUCUAAUGAUUAUAGAAAGGUCCCUAAAGGUGUGUACGUCGUGUGCGACGACUUCCUUUGGAAAAAUAGUAAUCGGGCAGCAAGUAUUUUCGACAACAGCAAGGCUUGUAAAGGUUGCGAAAACCGGUCAAAGCUUAAGUACGCUUUUUGGAGUGACGUUUGGAAAAGGUGGGAAUUGAUAAGACCGUUUCCCAAAACGGUGAAAAUUACUGUUGCAUUCCAAGAAUGUCGUCAGUAUUCUAAACGCGAGCGCUGCCGUGAGGAGACAUGUUUAUUUGCCCACGGAGAGCAGGAGAAAACCAUGUGGACAAUGGAAAGAGAAGGAGUACUUCCUACCCCACGGGAAACUCUUACCGGAUCAUAUGGUGGGAUGUUAUCUGCCUCUGAUGAAAAUUCCGCAGCCAAGCAGCCUCCAGUCCAGCUGCUAUAUAGACCACCCCCACCAGGAGUGACAAAUGGCUCCUACAGAUUGUGCAAGAGCUACUAUACAAGUGAACGGUGCAGAUUCGGCAGAGGGUGCCUCUAUGCUCACAGCCAGCAGGAACUGAACGAAUGGAAACAAGAGUACGACAGAAGAGCGACUAAGAACCUUGAGAUAAAAAUCAAAGAAGAGGAGGAAAUGUUUUAUGCAGAAAUUUUAAAGGCACCACCAGAAGAUCGUGUGGAAUGUCUAGCUGGAGUUGAGGUUAUAUGCGCUCCCCCUGAGCUCAAUGCAACACUCCGAAAUAACGAGCAGUUUAAGUGGACAUUUACUCUUACCUUCCAGCAAGAUGAGGUAGGAUCGUUAAAGAAUAUCUUACUCCUCCACCGAUACCACAGCUGUUUUCACCUAACAGAAAUUCGCGUUGGGUGCUUUGAAGAAAAACAUGGCUCUGAAAGUUACAAGUCUUGUUACACAGCCAAGCUGAAAGACUCUUGGUACAAGUCUCCAAAUACCCCAAGAAUGGUUGGGCGUGUAAAGCUGGCUCUUACAGUCUCGUUCGAGUCUCCUCUGUAUGGAAGCUUUGAACAGUUGGUUUUAUUCGACUUCGGGAGGAAGCCCUACCUUGUGAAAAGGCUUAAUGCUGAUGUUUCGAGUGGGUCAGGGACGCUUCCCAUCGCACCAGUUAAUUCCGCCACGCAUGAGUCUGCAAUAUGGGACGAAAUGUCAGUGGAAGUGGUCAGAUUCGUCCACGAGACAGGAGAGGCUCUUCAGGCAGAACACUUGUCAAGGAAGUACAGUCUUCCUAGACAAGUAGAAAUUACUGAAGAUGUACUUAGCCCUAGGACCUACAAAAAAAUGGUGCAUCAACUACUAUUUGUGGAGGAAAGGUUUAUGAAAGAAGAAAUAUCACGUUACACCUUAAAAAAUGCCCAACUACAUGCGCAGUGGAAUAUCUUCGACGAUAUGACUGGAAUGAGGUGUGCUGUGGACGGUGAAUUAUUUGGUGUCCUUCGUCUGCAAGAAGAAGACGCUCUUAGACCAGAUGACGCCGCUGGUCGUCUCCUUUAUCGCAAAGUCAAUUCUGUCUGGCUCCAACUGGCGAAUAGUGGAUCUCAAACGGUUUUCGAGGCUCCAGUGGAAAAGGUGGAGAGUGAAUGCGUUGUUUUAAGACUCUCGUCCAAAUUGUGCUCCGACCUAAAGCUGCAUGACACUUGUGAUACUGCUGUUAAUGCUCAAUUCCAGCUGAAUCGUUGGCCACUUUGUCAGUUGCACGAAGCUGUUGAAAGACUUACCUCAGGACAGUUACGCCUCAUAUUCCCGGAUCCAACUGUUGGAACUGUCAUAAGUAAAGAAAAAAUCCGUUGGCAAUGGCUUCUGGACAAGGGGUUGAAUUCAAAUCAAAAGAAAGUCAUCGAAAGGAUCGCUUCCCUUGAGGAUAAUGCUCUUCCCCUGGUCGUGUUCGGUCCAUUUGGGACAGGAAAGACAUUUACCCUUAACCAAGCUGUUCGUCUUUUGGUGCAACUGGACAAGUCGAACAGAAUUCUGUUAUGCACUCUUUCAAAUCGGGCAGCAGACAUUCACGUGGAAUUGUUACAUGAGUAUCUCACUGAGAAGAAUGGAAUUCCUUCAGCAAGGCCUCUAAGGGUUUAUCAGUCAAUGAGAAGACACGAAACAACAUCUGAGGUAGCUAGAAAGUACUGUUUGAUCAAGGACGGUAUGUUCGUUUUGCCCUGUCGGGAUGACGUCGUUGAGCAUCGCGUAGUGAUUACAACACUGAACACGUCACACGUGCUUCUUGGUCUUGAAGUAUUGCACGGAUUCUUCACUCAUAUCCUCAUUGAUGAAGCUGCUCAAGCGCUAGAACCCGAGGCCUUAAACCCACUGAAGUUUGCUGGAACAAACACGAAAAUUGUCUUUACGGGAGAUCAUAUGCAGAUGAGCCCAGAAGUCUAUUCGCCCCAAGCACUAAGUUUGGGACUUCAAAAGUCACUAGCUGAAAGGCUGUUUGACCUCUAUGAAAAAUAUGAGGCUGAGGUCUCCAAGAGUAAACCUAAACAAGAUGAAGAUGGAGAACCCAAUGUUUUGUGGCUGACGGAAAACUACCGAUGCAAUGAGCAUAUUCUCAAGUUUCCUUCUGAAAAUUUCUAUGGUAAAAAGCUGAUUGCUCGCGGACAUGAGUUCCAACCGGCGCACCCAAAAUACGGCCCCCUAUUAUUCUUCUCCGCACGCGGUAAGGAAACAAAAGAGCAGGACAAUUCAUAUCUCAACUUAUCUGAAGUUUAUGAAGUAGAGAAGAGAGUGAAAGAGAUUGCCGACAGUUGGCCUGCUGUUUGGGGCUCCAAGAAACUGACUGAUAUCGCUGUUUUGUCGUCUUAUCGUUACCAGGUGAAAGCCAUACGAAGAAGCUUACGUAAGGAAAAAGAUCUGAGUGAUGUAAAGGUGGAUACAAUCCAUAAUGUGCAAGGGGAAGAAUUCCGGGUGCUUUUCAUCAGUACUGUGCGCACAUUUCAUACUUGCAAGCCUCAGCAAGAAGAAUUGCGUAACAGUGGAUCAGAUCGACAACUUUAUUGGGAAUUUUUGUCCGAUCCAAAAUUACUAAACACAGCCGUGACGAGAGCGAGAUGCAUGAUAGCAGUAGUUGGCGAUCCUGUCUCGCUGUGCACAGUGGGAGAAUGUCGAGGAAUCUGGAGAGACUACAUCAAGAGAUGUAAUAAGGCAGGUGGCCUAUAUGGAACAACAAUGGAGGAGCUAACAAGAGAAAUAAGUGCUUCUAUUGCUAGUGUCCAGCUCAAUCCUGAAGCUAAAACGUUCAUUCCAGGUUUCCUUCCAAAGAUCGAGAGUGGCUUAGACGCAAAAUCACCUGAAGACAAGAUAGUUGAAAGUGUCCAAGAGGAGAUACAUGUAAAAGAGGUAAUAGAGGAGCAAAAUGUAGAGAACGUCCUCGAAGCAGAGAGCAAGACUCGAAAGGCAAGUGCCCAGUAAAUCCUUAGUGGAGAAUCGCACAAA